AAAAGCAACCGCAAGCAGGAACCAGUUCAGUUGAUGCAGUCACUGCAGCUCACUGCAAAGCUACGAGCCUACAGGCAAAGUCCAGUGAAGGAAAACUGGAUUCAGAGAUCCUAGGAAUAGAUGGGGAAAGGCACACAGAAGGAAAAAGUCGAGCCAGAGAAGCUGCUUAAAGUCCAAGGAGAUGCAGAGAAAGGAGCAAAGUCAGAUUAUGCCCCCGACGCUGUUUUCAAAAAUCUCUCAUCCCGUAAAGCCAGAGCUGCAGUCACAUGCUUGAUGAGUAUCAUGAUCAUCCUCAUUCUGAUAGUAGCUCUGGCAGUGGUAGUGUCUCGUGUCCCUGCGUCUCUUCUUUCUGAGCCCUGCUGCCCAGACGGCUGGGUCGGGUACCGAGGGAAAUGCUACUAUUUCUCUGAAGGGGAAGGGAACUGGGAAUCCAGCCAGAGCCACUGCUCUUCCCUCGGCGCCUCCCUGGCUGGGAUCGACACUCUGCAGGACCUGGCUUUCCUGAUGCGUGCUAAAGGUACCGUUUACCACUGGAUCGGCCUGCGGCGGGAAGAAAGCCAGCCCUGGAAAUGGGUGGAUGGGACAGAAUUCAACAACAUGUUUGAGGUGAGGGGAGGAGGAUACUGCGCGUAUCUGAAUGAUGUCGCUGUCAUCUCCUCGAGGUGCCAGACGGAGAAGAACUGGAUCUGCAGCAAACCCAGCCUGCACCUGAGGAGUGGCUACAAUGGGAUGGAACAGAAGAGGCCUUAAAACGAUGAGGAGAAUCCGAUAGGUGUAUAUCCCAUGAUAAUCACCAGGUUGCUUCUCCUGCUACACUCGCUCCACUGUUGGCAUGACACCCUUAAUCCCACAUGUAGCUUGCAACACCAUUUAUGGAGAUAAGGAUCAUUGAGUGCAGCCCCCUGCCUUCACUAGCACGACCAAGUACUGAUUUUGCCCCAGGUCCCUACAUAGCCCUCAAGGAUUGAACUCACAACCCUGGUUUUAGCGGGUCAAUGCUGAAACCACUGAACUAUCCCUCCCCUUCCCAUGCUGUACUUGUUCUUUCUCAGACAUCCUACAGUGAGGGGAGAGGUUUGAAGUUGUUAGACUGCUCCCCCUUGCACCCUUCAGGGAAUCUGGGCUGCGCCCCCAGGAAGGGGAGCAGGUUCAGCAGAAUCCCCAGGAAUUGCCCAGCUAGACAAGCCGGCUUCCCACCCCUUGGAGGGGGCGUGUGAUCAGGUAACAUUUCAGUGGCCAAAGGCUCAAAGAUCUGUUGACAAAUGGUUUUUCCUGCAUCUCCCUCGCCCAGGGAGUGGCGCCUGCCCUGGUCAUUAAGAGUUUUUACUAAGCAGAAGAUCAUAACUUUCCCCCCAAAGAGCAGUUGUGGCCUCCCCUUCCCAUUUGGUCUGGCUUUUCACCCCCCCCCCCCCCCCCCAGUCACCAAGGAAUCGAAGCUGAGCCCCAGUAGUGGGCUAAGCACUUAUUCCACCACCAGGAGCUCGAAUCGAUCCCUUUGUAUGGGGAGAUUUUGGCAAACCAGUAAAGUGCCUAAACCACUAUGGCUUAUUGCCAAUCGUAGUCAAGUUAGCAGGUCGUAAAUUGGUCAUGCAGCGGCCUCAGCAUAACCAAGACAGGAGGGCAGGGGGUUUUGGGUGCCACCGACAGGGCAGCUUGACCCCCGUGCCCUUCCUGCUAAGAGUGUGGAAAUUGCUGAUGCAUGUAUUUUAGAAAAACAAGAAGUCUGUUUAUACAUGCCCCUGGGAAUGUUUGUCAGGGCCCCAAGGCAUGGACACUCUGAAAAAAAAACCCUCUGGUUAAUUGACAAUCAUAAGGUGCUUGACCUUUUAAACCUGCUUGCUUAGCAAGUUUUCUUUAAGGGAUAUGUCAUUGUAUUACUAAUGUAUAAAUAAAGGGGGGAAAGUUCGAGGUAGUUGAACUUUUCAGAAGGGGCUCUUCAGGGACGCUCCCUCUGAAUGCAUCUUCGGGUCCCCACCUGCAGACGGAAGCCUGGCCAGCAGAAGCCUAUGACAGUGCCACUUGAAAGCCACGCUCAGCUUCGGUAAUUAUCGAGGGUUGGGGGUGUUUUACUAACCUGUUGCGGACGUGUGUAAGUGCGCGAGAAUAAGGGUACGUCUACACUACCCGCUGGAUCGGUGGAUAGUGAUCGAUCUAUCGGGGAUCGAUUUAUCGCGUCUAGUGUAGACGCGAUUAAAUCGAUCCCCGAUCACUCUGCCGUCGACACCUGUACUCCACCGCGGCGAGAGGCGGAAGCGGAGUCGACGGGGGAGCGGCGGCAGUCGACCCCGCGCCGUGAGGACGCGAGGUAAGUCGACCUAAGAUACGUUGACUUCAGCUACGCUAUUCUCGUAGCUGAAGUUGCGUAUCUUAGAUCGAUCCUCUCCCCCCCCCCCCCCCCAGUGUAGACCAGGGCUAAGUACAGUUUAGCUUUAAAUGAAAGAUCUCUUGUGUAGUCCUGUUUGUGCCAGCCAUCUAUCGGUCGGAUGGCCGUGUCUCCCUUGCUUUAUUUCCUGACACCACCUCACACAGAGUAAAAGUUACCAACAGCUUUGGGUUGAAAGAACCCUGGGUAACACCUUCCUCUCAUUCCCGGGCUCUCAGCCCAAGAAGCCCUGGACUGUGCUUCCUUCCGAGGACAUGCCCAAGUCAGACGGAAUGACAGUGACUUGGUGUGCUACAGAACGUAGUAAGAAGAGCGUGGGAUGGACUUUAUUGAGCUGCUUGUGAAUGAGUUUGUGAUUAUACAAAUUGGCAACGUCUGUCUCUGAAUAUCACUGUAAUUGGCAGUGAAAGUCACUAGGUCUUUUACUGGUCACUUUGACAUUUAUUUCCUCACUAGGGAAACCAGGAAGUCGCUAAAUCCAGUAACAAAAUCGCUAAGUUGGCAACACUGGGACAGGGACUGUCUCUUGCUUUGUGUCUGUGGAGCACCCUGCACAAUGGGGCCCUGAUCUCAGCUGGAGCCAUUAUCUCGCUUAAUAAAAAUCUUGAAAGCAA